AUGAAUACAAUAGUCAUAAGAUAUCCAGAUGGUAAUAUAUAUAGUUUUGAAAUGUAGAAUGGUGAAGUGUUAAGUUUAAGAAAAAUAUUUUUGAGUAUUAAAAUUUAUAUAUCUAGAUCAUGCUUAAAAUUUACCACCCUUAGAAGUUACUAUAUUAAUAAAUGAAAAUACUAAUACUUUAGUAAGCAGGGAUGAAACGUAUUAUCUUAAAUUUUAUAAUAGUCUUAAAACAAAUGUACCAUACAAAUUAGUAGAUUGUAGAGAAAUGAUAAAAUGUUUUAAUAAUUUAAGAGAUUGUAUUAAUUAAAAAGAUAAAUAAUUAUUGGAAUAUUAAUAAACUAUUAAGGAAAAACAAUAAUUAUUAGAUUCUUAUGAAAAACAGAUUGGGGAUUAGGAGAAAUAACGUUUAAAUGAUAUUUAACAUCAAUAUAGGGAUUUAGAAUCUAAUUUUAAAUUAGAGUUAGAAAAGAAUAAAUAUUUGCAGAAAGAAAAUGAAACCAUAAAAUAAGAUAACAUUUUACAAAAACAGAAAAAAAAAAAAGUUAAAAAACAAAUUGAUGAUCUUAAUUAACAAAUAUAAGCAUUAUAAAAAAAUAUUAAUUAAGGAUAAAAUUCGUAAAAAUAACUAGAAGAAAAAAAUAACAAUUUAAAAAAUAAAUAUCUAUAAUACAAAGAGAAGUUAAAUCAAAUGGCAUAAGAGAAAUCUGCAGUAGAAUCUAAAUUUUCUUGUUUAGGUUAAGAAAUUCAAUUUAAAUAAGAGAAGAUAAUAGAAAAAGAGAAUCUAAUUAAAUUUUAAGAAGAAUAACACUAAAAGAAGUUGGAAUAAUAGAGUAAAUAAUUUGGUUUAAAGAAAAUCAAUUUAAAAAAUUAGAUAAAAAUAGAAUAAGAGAGAUUGAAAGAGGUAGAAUAGAAAUAUUAAAUUGCUUUGUAAGAAAAUUCAGCUUUGAGAUUGAACUAAAGUAGCAAUGACUUAUCAAAUAGAUCUUAAUUAUUCUAAUAAAAGGAUUUAGAAAUGGAAAUUUAAUAGUAGAAAUUAAAUUUUGAAAAGUAGAUAAAUCAUAAAGAUGAUUAAAUUAUAUUACUCAAAAGUUAAAAUGAUAUUAAGGAUAUGAUGAUUUAAGAUUUAAAGCUUAAUUUAGAAUAAAUUAAUAAGGAAUCCAAUUAAUAAAAAUAAUAAUUACAAAAUUAUAAAUAAUAAUUAUAAUAAUUGGAGAGACAGAUAGAGGAAUAAAAGUGUCAAAUCAAGAACUUAAAUAGUAUAAUAGAAAUGGCAGAUUAAGAAUUUAUCAAAAAAAAUGAAUAAAAUGGAUAGAAUUAAGAUGAUAUAUUAGAUAAUUAUAAUUAUCGUUUAAGGAGAUUAGUUGAAUAGAUACCAAGAUUUUAUAAAGAAGAAAUUAAUUUUGCUAUUGAGGAUAUGUUUUAGAAAAAACUAUAUGAAAAAAAAGGAAAUUGUAUAAAUCAAACAUUCUAAGUUUACUAAUUGACUAAUAAAAACACUAGAGAUAUAAUUUUCACUCAAAGUAAUUUAGAUGUUAAACAAACAAUUAUUAAAUCAUAUAAAUAGAAUAUUCACGGUGAGUUAAGUAAAGAGAAAAUUGUGUCUGAGAAAAAAUACUCCGAUAAAUCUAGAUUGAUUGAUUCAAUCUAAUUGUAUUAUAGUAAAUCAAUUGACACUUUAAAUGAUGAAUAUAUAAAAGUUAAAAGUGAGAAUAGUAAUAAAAUAUAUAUGAUAAAAGAGACAUUUACAAAUCAAUAAAAUAAUAUAGGUGACAUAGAUUAUACUCUACAUUUAUUAAGUAGAUCUAUAGUGGCAUAGAUGAUUUUAGAUGAAUUUGUUGCUGAAUUAAAAAAUAAGAAUAUUAAUAUUCCUUUUAAGUUUUAGUUUGUAUAACCAAUAUUAUUUUCAAUUAAAAUUCAUUUUAAAAAAUACUUUUCAGACCUUAUUGCAAAAUAAGGUGAGAAAUAAUAUACUAAUGCUUUUAAAACAGUUAUCUCAUUUAUGGAUAUAAUUGAAGAAUAAUACUCAAAUGAUUUCUAUGAAUAUAUCAGAGAACUAUAACUUACAAGAUUAGAAGUUAAAUCUUAAGAUGGAAAAAUUACAAAUGAGUCUAACAAAGAAGAUUAAACAUAAUUUAUUUUAAAGUUUAUUAAUAUUUGUUAUGAAGAUAAAAAAAGAGAUCCUUUUAAAAAUAUUCUUCAAUAAUUUAAUUUAUGUUCUAAUGAAGAAAAACUGAAAGCAUUUAUCGAUUUAACAGAGCUAUUAAGCGAAACUUAUAAUACAUUUCCUACUGAAAAAGUAUAUAUAUUAUCUAUAAUAUAUAGUUCUUUUAUGGAUAUGAAUUAAAUUUGAAAGAUAUAAAUGAUAAAAGUGUUUUCAAGAAAUACAAUGGAGGAAACAUUAAUUUUGAUUCUUCAGAAGAAGGUAAAUUUUUUUCUGCUCUUUCAUUCUAUUCUAUUUUGAAAACUGAGUAAUAAUUCUGUGUAUCUCAUAUUCAAGGAAUUGGAAAUUAUUUAUAUGAUCCAGUAGUAUCAACUUAUGAUGGAUUUUUGGACUGUUUAGAUUAAGGAAUUAAUGAAAUACGCAAUAUUGAAUCAGCUUUUUCAUCAAGUGAUACUAAAAAUAUUGGUUUUAAAUAUAUAGAAGCUUUGGGUUCUAAAUAUUUAGAAGCUAUGAAUAUGAAUGAAUACUGA